AUGACUGUGGACACAUUCAAAAUUCUUCCAAUGAAUUUGUUUCUAAUUUCUAUUCAGAGGAAACAAUUCCAUUUCUACAGCAAAGCCUUGUUGAAAACGCUUUUCGUCAAGUUGGACUCUCCCGAUAGAUUUAUUAGUUUCAUUGAAACUGCUGAUGAAAUAUCCAUCAUAUUGGAUGAGAGCAGUCUUGAAGAAGUAAAACGAUAUAAGGAAAUCAUUCAGUCAUAUCAAUUAAAUAUGGAUGCCAUCAUGCUUGAACAAGGCUCAACAUGGAGAGGAAUUUUGAUAAAAUCCGUAGUUAACCAUGAGAAUGCAUCGGAUUAUGCAAAUAACAGCUCAAAAGCACUAUUGGAGAAAUCAACAGCAAGAUCCAUCUAUCGUUAUGCAAGCAUUUUGUCAAGCAAUAACAUUUCAAUUUUCUACCACAGUUUAUGGAGCCAUGAUUUGCUCUUGGUAGAGGAGGAGAAUUUUGAAAAAGCUGUUGAAUUAAUUCAGAAAAAAGUUGAAAAUAGCGACCAAUCAGUGAAGGAAGAAGAACUUGUACCACCUUCAAUGUUUUUAAGAAAAAAGCCAUCUGAAAAUGAUGACAGCUAUGAUGCUGAGGCAGACGAAUUGACCACGCUAGAUACUAAAUUAUUCAUGUGCAGACUUUCAAGCAAGCAAUAUCAAUUUCACAUCAAGGAUUUGCUAAACACUCUGUGGUUUGAGUACAAGAAUAUUGGAGAUUUCUUUGCUUUGGCUUCUUUUGAGGACGAAAACAUUAUUGUGGGAAAUGAACAAGUGUUUGAAAUGUUGUCACUUGGAGAGGAUGAAAUUGAAAGUACUGCUGUUACGGAGAGUGCAGAACAACUUCAAUUUGUACCAGUCAUGAUUCAUACGAGUGAAGGAUUGGGUUUUGAUGAGGCACAAAUUGGUGUAGUGUCCAAGCUCACUGGAAGUUUACUGAGCCAUUCUGACAAGUUGGCAGUAAUUUACUUUUCCACGUUUGUUACUGAUUACAUUCUCAUCCAACACGAUCAUUUGGAAAGUGCCCUGAGUCACAUUAAGGAAAAGUUAGAACAAGUAAAAGAGUAG